CUAGAUUUUGGGCAUAGGGGAAAACAUUAAAAAUGGCUGCCCACAUGGUGAAUGAUAUUGGCGUGCACUCUCGUUUUUCUGUGUUAGCAAAUGAUGAUAGUGAUGAAAGCGAAGAGGAAGUUUCGAAGAAGAACGAUGAAGAUGCAAAGAAGAAAGCCAAGAAUGCUAAGAAGCGUGCUAGAAAGAAGAAGAAGGCCGCACUGGCGACUGCUGAAAACAACGAGCUUAGAAAUUUGGCUUUUGGAGGAAAACCAAAACAUGGGCAGCAAGGAAAGAGCAUCACUGUGACUCACCAGAUUGAAGAAAAACCACCAGUACAAGCCCAAGAGAAUUCAAGUGAGUGGGAAGAGAGGGAUGAGCAGUUUAUUGUCAACCAAUUUCAAGAGGAUCUCAAGGAAGCGUUGAGAGUAAGUUUAGAAGAAGAGAAACAAAGAUUGGUAGAAAAGAGUGUGGAAACUAUUUCAACAAAGAAGAAGAAAGAUCACAGUGUUAAAUUAUCAUUAGACGAGUUUCAAGAACAGGUGGAAAGAACUGGAAAUUCUAGUGAUAAAAAAGGCUUUAAUGAGGUACCCGAUUUGUCGAAGAACAACGUUGAAAAUUUACCCAAAAAGCACAAGAAAAAGAAGGAAAAAAUUCAUACAGCUAAACCCAAAGUUGGAAUUUUAAAUGGAGCUGAGGACACUAAAAAGAUUAGCAACAUACAGACGGCACCAGCCCUCGACCCUGCUAGCGUACAACAAUGGAUGAACGAAGUUGAAAAAAGAGAUAUCGAAAAUUCACUUUUAAGAAAAUCAAUAGACGAAUUAAGGGAAGAAUUAGCUGAAGUGAAGAAAAGAAACAAACAGUUGUGUUUUAUUUUAGGUCAAGGAGAAAUGCGCGAUAAAUCGGAGAUCUUGCAACAGAUCGAGACACUUACAAAUAUCAAGGAUGAACUGUCAUCUGAGCUUUCUGAAAUGCAUUCACUGUUGGAGCAAGAGCGUUCUAGGGUAUCCAUAUUGAAAUUGGAAUUAGCAAAGUCACAGGUUGGCAGAGCAAAGAAACCAUCCUUCUCUGAAAAUGGACAUAGAUAACUGCUUCGUUAAGUUUUAUAUGUUUUGAAUUUAUACUGUUGUUUUCAAUUCGUUGAUAUCUUUUAAACACAGUUUUACACAGCAUUUCCAGUUAUUUUGAAAAUUUCAUAGAACCUGCUUGUUUGUAGACAAUCAUUUAGAGCGCUUAUAAGGCCCUUCCUUUGUAUUUUCCCCAUCAAUCUCUUGCCACAGCUAGCCAGUAUGUACCGAGAAUAAAUUUUAUGGAAAAACCACGAGACAGUGCUAGUAUAGAUACGAAGUAUAACAAUCAAUCAUAAAGAUCCUGAGUGAAAAUGGGACUUAAUAACAGUAUCAUAUAUUGUACUUUUGGCACUGAAUACAUCUUUCAGAAUCUGCAUUGUUUUCGAUGGGACACAAUUGAUUUCUGUUUAUAAUUAUCACAAAAGUAGAGACCUAGAUGAAAUACACGAAGAACGUCCUUUUAAAAUAUGUCUUAGGUUCUCAUAAUCAACUAUCCAUUCUGACCCUAGAAUGCAAAAAAAAUUUAACCAUAGCUUUGUUUUUGUGUUUUGUGCAUCCUUCCACCUUUUGUAAAGAUGCAUUUUUGAAGAAUCUUCUUAAUGUUGGUGAUUUGUUCAUAGCACAUAUUUGUGACUGCUCACAAUUUGAUGAGAACCCCAAUUAUAUUAAGCGCAGUGUCUUUUAUGUGUAGCCAUUCUCUAUUGGUUCCGUGGCAGUUCUCAUGUAUUGAUUGCUCAUCUUCACAGCUAGACAUGAUACGCUUUGUCUUUGGCGUAGCAGUCUGAAUUUGGUCAUUUGUUUCACUGUGCCUGUUUCAUCUUAGAUCACAUUCUCAAGCCAGAAGGCAUCAAUUGAACGCUUUUUCAGCAUCCUCGUUUUGUAAUAAACAACCAAAUCAUCCUUUUAAAAUGCAAAACCACAGCACAAUAUGAAAGCAUGACAUCAGAAGCAAAAGUCGAAGAUUAAUUGCAGGAACACUGCUGCUUGAAAACUCGAAUGCGAUUUCAGGCACGGACGAAGAUUCCUCGAAGAGAAAGUCACCUUGCUCCUUCACAUCGGGUCUCAAUGUUUCGAUGGCGGCUGUAAUGUUUUUAACUUUCACGCCAUGCACGAUAUUAGCUACAGAAAACAAUAAAAAUAUUGUCAAUGGAAAUACCCGACAUGAAAUUAUUUUCGACAUUUCUCUAGCACUGACUACAAUCAGUUAGGGCUUGAAUUUGCAGUUCUCCACGUGACCCUAUCCACUGGCGUUUCUGUUGAAAAUCGUCGAUAUUCCUUGCUUCUAUAAUCUUUCUUGUAUAUAUAAUAUUUUUCAGUGUAUAAAAUACCUAACGCAGUAUUGUGAGGAUAUCUGGUCAAUGAAUAUCCAAUGAGCCGUUAACUGGUUGUUCAGGUGGUCACGUG